UUGCAUAGAAGAGAAUUUGGUUAAUUUUUUUCCUUAACCAAACGCAUCCAUUCACAUCUUGGCUAUUUGAAAUCUGAUACUGUAGAAAAUUCAAUUGGAAGGUACAUCAUUACGCACACGUGUCACAUGUCGACGAUAACAUUGAAGGACGUAAAUUCAGUUCCACGUGAUUUCACAAUGUCGACAAUCUUAAUCACGCUACUUUGUGAGAUUCUCCGGUGAAUGAUGGACGUUGCUCGUGUGUAGCAUGUUCUUUUAGAAAUACUCAAAGUGUUAAUUUUCGAGAUGUUAUCUAUUUCUUGGAAUUCUUACCGCCUGUCAACAGUAGGCAGAAUCUUGGAACGAUCCACUGGACUUUGGCCUAAUCUUACUUUACCUCUACGUUUUAAAUCAGAAAAUGUAGUCGUCACUAUUGCUGACGUAUCAAAAGAAGUGAGGCCAGUGAAAAAUCCAGAGUAUAUUCCAAGGAGAUAUUUGUUACGCACACAGUCUCAAGAGACAUUGAGACACUUGAAAUGGAUGCUGCAGAAAGAUGUUUUACAUCAAGACAUGUUUCUGAUGGGCGGCCCCGGUAUACGGAGACGAGAGCUGGCUCUGGCCUUUCUGGAACUAACGGGACGGGAAUUGGAGUUCAUUGCGCUCACCCGCGACACUACAGAAGCAGAUCUAAAGCAGAGGAGAGAGAUCAAAAGUGGUACCGCUUACUAUCACGACCAGAGCGCGGUGAGAGCCGCGACCAACGGGCGGGUUCUCGUGAUCGAAGGCGUGGAGAAAGCAGAGCGGAACGUGUUGCCCGUGUUGAACAAUUUGCUGGAAAAUCGCGAGAUGCAUCUGGAGGACGGUAGAUUUCUCAUCCCGGCGUCGCGCUACAACAAGUUAUUGAAGGUGCAUAGCCAAGCGGAAUUAGACGCGUGGCGUCUCGUGCGAGUCAGCGAGGAUUUCAUAGUGAUAGCUCUGGGUCUGCCGUCACCGCGAUACCCUGGCCACCCGUUAGAUCCACCGCUGAGAUCCAGGUUUCAGGCUCGCCACGUCCCGCCACCGACUUUCGAGGAACAAUUCGAUGCCCUGAAAAAUUUAGCGCCGAACGUGGACGCCGGUAAAUUGUCACAAUUACUGUCGUGCGCCCAUGCUUUAAUUAGUCAGGAAGCUGUCACUAUAGGCUUGCCGGAUUUUCCUUUGGACAGUUUGCCGUCGGCUGCUUUAAUUCUGGACAAAAGCCCGGAGUUGCCGGUGUUCGACAUAUUCUAUCGGUUUUACCCGUACAAACUAUUUCUGGGUAAGGAAGGACAGAGCGCGGUGGAGGAUAUCCUUGGUACCUUUAAUGUGCUGGAUGACGCCUCGAAAGAAAGGCGGUCUGUUAAUAGCGAAAUAAACGCCGCCAGGAAAGCCGAUGAUCUCUCGGAAAUUGGCAUAAAGCGCGAUAAUGCGGAAACGUACUUUCACGUCCUCUGCGGCGCGAGUCAGUUGUCUAAUAGCGUAAACAGUGAUGCUUACAUAGAGACUAAUUAUCAGAACAAUUUGUUGGCGAGCAUGCUGGAGUCACAUAUGACGUCCGAUUUCUGUUUGAUCGGGCCGAAAGGCUGCGGCAAGUCCACCACCGUUCGACGGCUCGCUGAUUUAUUAGGAUACCAAGUGGAGCCUAUAGUACUUUAUCAGGAUAUGACUUCUAGGGACCUGAUACAACAACGCACCACGUCAUCCAACGGCGACACGAUCUGGCGAGACUCGCCGCUGGUCGACGCGGCCCUCCGCGGCAAAUUGGCCGUGUUAGACGGAAUCAAUAGGAUUCACUCCAGUACCUUGGCUAUACUUCACAGAUUGGUCCAUGAUCGGGAAUUGCAGCUGCACGACGGCAAGCGACUCGUGCGAGCCGAUCGUUACGACGAGAUCAAGAAAGAAUAUGGCAGGUCCGAGGAAGAGAUGCGCGAUCGCGGUGUUCUGCGAAUCGAUCCCGCCUUCAGGCUGGUAGCUUUGGCCGAGCCGCCGAUCGUUAACAGUUCGUCCGGCCAGUGGUUGAAUUCCGAAUUGCUCAGCUUGUUCCUCUUCCACGAGAUGCGACCGCUCGACCGGCACGAGGAGAUCCACAUUAUUCGCUCGAAGUUCGGCGAACCCGGCCGGGCGUUGUUGAGUAUCAUAGAAUUGGCGCAUCUGCUGCGCUCGUCCAGCGAUCCGACGCUGCAGUCUGUCGCGGGGUCGCUCAGCACCCGGCAGCUGCUGCGGAUCGCCGAGCGGAUGCACCGGUUUCGGUGCGACGACGCUUACGACGCGGUGCAGCGCGCGUGCCUGGCACGUUUCUUGCCGACGAUCGCAAAGCAGGCCCUUGAGGACUGCUGCCGCCGGCUAGGCAUCGUCCCGGCGGCGGCGGCGUCCGCGGAUCUCGAGUGCGCGGUCACGUGGGACACCGUGAAGAUCGGCGACACCGUGGUGGACCGGUACCGCACCGAGGCCCUCAGCAAAGUACCGGACAUCUUGUUCUACGACGUGCCGGAGCACGUCGCGCUGUUGGAGCGGCUGCUACAGGAUUUCAGCCUCGGUCAGAAUCUGCUGCUGGUCGGCAACCAGGGCGUCGGCAAGAAUAAGAUCGUCGACCGGCUGUUGCAGUUGCUGAACAGACCGCGCGAGUACAUACAGCUGCACCGGGACACGACCGUGCAGACACUGACCCUGCAGCCGAUGGUUAGGGACGGCAGGGUUGUUUACGAAGAUUCGCCGCUGGUGCAAGCGGUGAAGCUAGGCCACGUCCUCGUCGUCGACGAGGCGGACAAAGCGCCCACGCACGUGACGUGUAUAUUGAAAACUCUGGUGGAGUCGGGCGAGAUGAUUCUGUCGGACGGCAGACGAAUCGUCCCUCGUCGCGACGACGGCGACGCGCCUCGCGCGAACAUCAUACCCGUGCACCCGGACUUCAGGAUGAUAGUGUUGGCGAACCGGCCGGGUUUCCCGUUCCUCGGCAACGACUUCUUCGGGGCGCUGGGCGACCUCUUCAGCACGCAUUCCGUCGAUAAUCCGAGUACACGCAGCGAGAUCCACUUGCUGAGGCAAUACGGCCCGCAUGUCGACGAGCUGGUGAUAAAUAAGUUGGUGAGAGCCUUCGGCGAGCUGAGAAGUAUGGCCGAUCAAGGUCUGGUCGCGUAUCCUUACUCGACUCGCGAAGUAGUCAACGUAGUUAAGCAUUUGGAGAAAUUUCCGAACGAGCCGUUAGGCAACGUAGUGCGCAACGUCUUCGACUUCGAUCGAUACAGCCAGGAAGUGUUCGACACUCUGGUAACUGUGCUUCAUAAGCAUGGGAUUCCCGUUGGGACGAGCCCGACUAAUGUUGCCUUAGCUAAGGAAAUAUCUCUACCCGAGAUGAAGAUCUGCGGUAGUUGGAACGUCCUCGACGCGCUCGAGAGUGUACCCGUUCAGGAAAGGUACGUUAAGUUAAAGUCACCGGAGUUUCCGGAACAGAACGACCGGACUCUGGAUCGAGUUGAAGCCAGAUCGGCUUGGUUUACGGAGCAACAGAGUUACUGGACGGUACCUAUUGGCGAAAACAGUGCGGUGACUGCUUUAACAGUCGCGGGUGGAAGUAAAGGGGAUGGUAUGGACGAUAAGAUUCACGUUCUCACGACGAAUCCUUUGAGCGUAUUUAGCAUGACGCCGGCAUCCGAACAGAUACGUGAGACGUCGUUGCAGGGCUUAAUUAGUCCUUCUCGAGGCAAAUUGCCGUAUUACAGUGUCGCGGUCGACAAAUCCGGGAAUGUUUUGGUUCACGAAGAAACCAGUAAUUCCACACUCAUGGUAAACAUAGACGACGGCUCCGUCCGGGAACUGCAGACUUCGUCCAUGCUGGACAUCGCCAGCGACCGAAUAUCAAGCGCCUUCGGGAGCACGGGUCCUCAAUGGAAGAUGAAGGCGGACUUGUUGUCGUCGCAUAAUCUGCUCGUCUUCUUCACGCACGGCCAAAAUAAGAUCGACGUGCUCGAUCUGCGGACCAUGUUCGCUUGCUCGAUGAAUCUGCCGUGCGACGUCGAGUCGCUCUCGCUCGCCUCCGACAAGAAAUGGCUGAUUCAGGACACGUCGAAGAACAAGUACGUUCUCGCGAAAUCCUCGGACGCCGAUCCGUGCCCGAACGUCUUGCGCGAACUGAACGAAUCUAACAGCGCGUACCUGAAGGCCGGUAGUGUCCUGAGCUGCGGCAAGAGCAGCCUGUCCGAGGCCGACCUGAGCGAGGCUCUGCAGCAGAGAAUCAGCUCUCCGAAUCGAGUCGUAGUGACCGAUAACACGUACGCCGGCAUUGCGGUAGGCUUUCCCGAUUUAGACGGCUCUAACGACCUACACUUCUGGCCGAGGAAAGGGAGCACGCGUAGCUUUAUGACGCCCAUCGUUACGCAGCACGGGCGAGUGAUUAGAACCGUCUCGCCCGAUCAGGUUCCCGAUGAAGUGUGUCCCAAAGAUAAGAGACGCAUGGGGAUUUCCGGUUACUUGGAGAUAGUCGACACAGUGCGCCGGAAACUGCGUUACAUACCUAUCCCGGAACCGGUCAAUGUCUCGCCGUUGACGCAAUGGCUGUACUCGAAGGACCUUCCGCUUUAUGCGUCGCUUACGUCGAACGAAGGUCUUGUCACAAUAGACGCCGGUGGCUGCGUCCGCUUAUGGGAGACGUCCGUUACGAACGUAGAAAAGUCGUUGGGGGCUUGGCGCAAAAUGAUCGACAGCGGGGAGGAGAGGUUGCAGAUUACCAAAGAGAGAUACUCGGGUCUGGACGUGAGCGGGCCGAAGCACGGGAAGGUCGACGAAAAGAACGAACCCCACGUGGGCGGCAAUACUUGGGCCGGAGGGACUGGAGGUAGAGACACGGCGGGCUUGGGCGGCAAAGGGGGGCCUUACCGUUUGGACGCCGGGCACACGGUGCAUCAGCUCAGCGACGAGGAGAAGAAUGCGGUGCCGGAACACAUAAGGAAGGCUGCCCGCGAGAUGGGCCUGCGCGCCUUCAAACAACGGCUGAAGGAUAUCCGGAUGAGCGAAUACGAUCACAAAUUGUACAGCCAGUUUAGCGACGCCGUUUAUAACCAGGUGCAGGCCUUGAGGGUGAUCCUAGGCACGCUCCAGGCGAAGAGCAACGAGCGGCAGUGGUGCAAGCACCAGACGUCCGGCGAGCUGGACGAUACGAAAUUAAUCGAAGGAUUAGCGGGCGAGAAAACGAUUUACCGGCGCAGAGCGGAGAAGGAGCCGGAGAUUGGCGCUCCGCAAUUAAAACCGAAGCGGUUGAAACUGGUGGUGGAUGUGUCCGGUAGCAUGUACAGGUUCAAUAGCUACGACGGUCGGCUCGAUCGCGAGUUGGAGGCUUGUGUCAUGGUAAUGGAGGCUUUUAGCGGGCACGAGGGAAAGUUUCAAUACGACAUCGUCGGUCAUUCCGGCGACGAUUAUCGUAUUGUCUUUGUCAAUCGUGCGGAACCGCCGACGGAUAAUAAGCGUAGGCUGGAGGUGGUUAAGACAAUGCACGCUCACUCGCAAUUUUGCUUGUCCGGCGAUAAUACAUUGGAGGCGACGCAGCACGCAAUUGCGAGCCUGGCAAAGGAGGAUUCCGACGAGUCCAUCGUAGUCGUUCUUUCGGACGCGAAUCUAGAACGUUACGGCAUCUCGCCCGAGCGAUUCGCGAGGGUAUUGAUGUCUAACAUGGACGUGAAUGCCUACGCCAUCUUCAUCGGAUCACUGGGUGAUCAAGCGACUAGGCUGAUAAAGAAGAUGCCUUCUGGUCGCGCGUUCGUGUGCAUGGACCUUAAGAAUAUACCGCGGAUCCUACAGCAGAUAUUCUCCGCGUCGGUUCUAAGUACGACGCGGUCGACUUAACGCACAUCGAUUAUAUAGAGAAAAUAAUUUCCCGCGUAGAAAAAUCAUCAAGGUGAACAACGUAAACGGUUAUUCUGACACAUGAUCGCGUUUGUACAAUCACUGUAAACCUCUGUAAAUAAAAGCUCUUUCUAAUUUU